AUGCUCAUUUCAUCCGUUGAGGCUUCUACCCACCAACAACAUGACAUGGAUUCACUGUGUUAUGCAAAACUUUGUCAUCUCUCUCAAAUUGAAGACAAUAUAAAGGGUGUUGAAAAUUAUAUUACCAUCAAUCAUCGACCUCCUUUCAUCUAUGCUUCGUAUGAAAAUGUGAGCUCUAAAUUAUUUCCGCCCGUAUUUCAGUAUUCGGGAUUUGAUCAAUUACAAGAAUUAUUUUCAACAAAUCCUAAUGAAUAUCAUCGGAGAAUGUUGCGAAGAGAAGUCCGAGGUUUAGCCUUUGAUGAUGAAACAAAGAAAAUCAUGUCGAGGACCAUGCCAAAAUUUUUCAAUGUGGAUGAGAUGGAGGAAUCUUCCAAGAAGAGAGUUGAAUACUUGUUAAAGAAAGUUCUGGAAAAUGAUCAUGGACAUGGUAGUGAUGCUCCAUUUGUGUUGCUGGAAAAGUUGGAUGGAAGUUUGUGUUCACCAAUUAUUGAGCGAUGCAUUGCUAGUGAAGAGGAAAACGGAAUUGCAUCAAUGGCAAAGAAUAAUUAUGCAACAAGUGCGUUGUUUGAUCAUGGAAAUGUUCAGCGCGAAUACACCACGUUCAGAUUGAGAAUGAGGACAAAAUUGUCACACACGAAUGCCAUUGUGAUUGCAAUGGAAGAAUUGUUGUAUCAAUUAGGAAAUGAGUGUUCGAAAAGAAAUAGUAAUGAAAACCAUACAGAAGAUAUUAAGGUAAUCCUUCGUGAUCAUUUGAAAAAUAUACCUCAGUUUCCUUUGAUUCUACAGGAAAUUACACCAGAAGAAGAAGAAUAUUUAGUUUUUAAAAUUGAUGAAGAGGCACUUGCUCAAAAUGAACAAUUCCUCAAAUUACCACCCACCGCUCAGAAUUUCAUACUAUUUUCCGUCUACUGGCACAAUCGAGGAUAUACCCCACUUUUCGAAUUUUUUUCACAAGAUCACAAAAUUGUGAUUGAUUAUGGAGACAAGCCAUUCCUGUCGCUGUUAGCAAUUCGGCAUACAGUGAACGGCAACUUUUUGCCUUACAGACAAGUCAAAGAAAGUGCUGAUAAAUACGGCAUUGAAUGUGUUAAGGAAUGUUCAAACCAUGAAGUCAUUAGUGCAGCUAUGAAAGGAGACAUUGAAGAGCUAUUGAAAGCAAUUAGAAAAGAACGAGGAGUGGAAGGCUAUGUGUUAGCGUUGAAUAAUGGAUGGAUGUUCAAAGUCAAAUCCAUGUGGUAUUCCGAUAUUCACAAAACAAAUGCAUUUAUUAGUAAGGGAGAGCUCAAAGAAGCAGCCAUGUGGAAUUAUGUGUUGGAGUCAAAAGUCGACGAUAUUAUUGGAUUUGUAAAAAGAGAGGAAGACAGAAUCCGGUUAAGAGAUUUUAAUGACAAACUAAUUAAUUACUUUAACAAUUAUGUUGAAAAGAUUCAAAAUUACAAGCAUUACAUUCAACAAGAAUUGGAAAAAGAUUUUCCCAACGUGGACUAUGAAGAUAUUCCCAUGAAAAAUUUUACAACAAUUGCUAAAACCAUUCUUUCCGGUGAGCCUCCAUUCAUUCUUAACUUGCUCAUUGUUAACAAGAAAGAACAAACUAGUCUGCAUUCCCUUAUCAAAGAUCAAUGUGUGAAAAUAUCUCAAAAAGAUUUGACCACUGUAAAGAAGAUGCUUGGUUGCACCGAUUUAGAGUUCAUUUCUCGAUCUGAAAUGAGACGACGAGAAAAGCUUGCCAAGCUGAAUCAAGUUGAUAAAGCCACCGAUAACUGUCACACACAAGACGACGAUGCUGAACUCGAAGAAGAUGAAAACAACCACGCCUAA